GGAGCUCAUCUGUCUAAUCUUAUGUGCGAUAUAAAACCGGCUCUAACACACUCGCUUACAAAUCAACUUUAUAUCUGUUCCUUGGUGCUCAGCAGUUCAUUUUAUUUCGGAGAUAAUCAGUAAAAUAGUUUUAGAUUUCAGAACUAAUUAUGAUGAGGUCGUUGGUCCUGUCAGUGGUCCUUUCCUUGGCUCUGGCUGAAGAUGAAGGUAUCAUCUGCUCUAGUUGGAUGAAGAGGUUCGCAGCAGAUGCAGCUUUGGGAGAAAAUAAAUAUUGGGAAUGUCCGGGAGAAGGAGAGAGGGCAGUGCUGAAAACUUGUCCAGAGGGAAUGAUCUACAAGCCAAAAAGAGGAAGAUGUAGGCAGGCCCCGGCUAAACUCCUCAAGCGGCAGGAUGGUCAGCCCACACCGAAAGAUCUAGAACUUCUCAACAUGGAGGGGAUUGUGUCAAACCAGGGCCUGGGAAGCCUCUACAACGCCAGGACCGGACAGUUCCUGCCUGGAACCUAUCUCUGGCCCCGGUCACUAAUGGAAACAGUAAAGGUUACAACAAAACAGUUAUAUUCUAACCUUGACGUGUACCAGGAGAAUGAUUUCAAUGACCGUGCUUUCAACCUCAAUGUAGAAGCAAGUCUCACCCUGGGGUUCCUAUCUGGGAUGAUCAAAGUGUCAGGAUCUGCCAAAUAUCUGAACGACAGGAAAGAGUCCUCUAACAUCGCCAGAGUAACAAUGAGCUAUAAGUCCACUACCAAAGCUGACACAAUGCCUCUCAAUACUCCAAUUACAGGACGUUAUGUGAGGAACUGUGAGAAAGCUAAAACCGAGCAUGGUCCGACUCACGUCGUUACUUCGGUCUUGUACGGACUCCGAGCAUUCCUGAGGUUCGACAAAGAGGCAACCAGCUCGGAGUCAGUGGAGGAGAUUGGCGGUAAACUGGCCGUGGAAAUCAAUUCUAUUCCCGGAUUUAAGAUCAGCGGUAGUGCAUGGGUUGACAUCGAGGGUAAAGAAGUGAAAUCGGACGACAGUAUUAGAGUUAUGUAUCAUGGUGACACCACAGUUAGCACACCAACCAGUUACCUCUCCGCUAUUGAAGCCUUCAAUGAAGUACAGAAAGAGGGUCUUACUGGAAAAGCUCCUAUCAGGUACCAGCUCACACCUCUAUCAUACCUGUGUACAGAGGACACCUUCGCUCUUAAAGAGAUCGGGGACAACCUAGUCAACGAGGCGAUUAAAGCGCUGGUUGAGAUCGAGCAGACAAAGUUGGAGACCAGUACCCUUCUGAACACCGACGUGUCCAACAAAAUACCGAGGAUUUCAAAUGUCCUGGACAAGUUUCAGCGAGAGUUGUCGAGUUUUGAGACCAAAUUUAAAUCUUCCAUUCAGGACCAGCUGAGAGAUCUGAGAGCUGGUAAAGGAAACGAAGCAGACCUCACAAAACUUAUCCAAGAUUAUCAAAACUCCGCUUUCUACUACGACAAGGCUCACGCCUUUCUGGAGCAGAGGAAGCGAGUUAUCAACACUAUCAACCUUAUUAUGGACGAGGCCAAGAAAAACAAAGCCCCUGGAGACGUUGAUGUUUUCGUUGUGGCUGAAGCCGCGCAUAUUGAGGACAACGAAUGUCUGCUAAAUAACCAGUACUCCUACAUUUUCGAACUGAACGUCCUGCCCUCGGACGAGAUUGCAGAUCAGUUCAUCGAAACUCAAGAGUUGGUGGACGAGUCAAACCAAUGGUACAAUGACCUCGACAGAGUUGGUGAAGUGGGAGGUAAACUAAAAGAGUUCAUUCAGUUCGGCCUUGCCUCAUGGCCGACCGCAGGCGAACUGAAGCACUGUUUCCUGAUAAGAAUUCAAAAUGCUGUAGAUGAAGAGACGGAGGAGUACCUUGAUAUCAAGUACAGCUAUGCGGAGGGAGGUUUUAAUCCUCAAAGUGGAUCAGGGUUUAUUCCUCCACCUACUCCUCCUAAACCGGAAUGCCGAGCCUUGUACGAUGGAUUUGAGCUGAAGACUACCGCAACUGAUAACGAAUUCGUGAAGACACACUGGAUCGAAGCUACCAAUGGAGAUAACGAAAAUGUAGCGAAGUACAACCUUGGUAGUGCAUCUACCAUUUCCAUCGACGGAUUGAGUUCUAACACAGCCUACAACAUCACAACCAAAUACAAGGUUCUGGACGGUGAGAAGGAGAUGCUGGAGGAUCUUGGGUUCAGUCACAAGUCAGAAGUAGUGUUGUGUGUAACAGCUCCCACCACCCCCGUCAGGAACCUAGCUGUUGGAGACGUAUCUUCAUCUUCUCUAGCAAUCAGCUGGGCCAGACCUGUUAAGUCUACUUCAGGCGUUUCUACCAAAUACGUCCUGAAAGUAAGAAAGCAGGGAGCUUCUGACGCUGAAAGUAUAAUCGUGGAGAAGGGAUACGAGGCAGCUUCUGAACACCAGGUCUCUGGACUGGACCCAGCUACUAUGUACGAGAUUCUCAUCCAUACUGAGACUGACAAAUCAGCUAGUGUGCCAGUCAAGAUUCUCCAAUCUACUGCUCCUGAUUCGAUCCCCUUCCCAGAGGUUAACGCAGUGAGUGAGACCUCAGUCACACUGAUAGAGAAGUUGAGUCUGGUAGAGCUACCCGCCGGUUUGAGGACCACCCAACUUGUUGUCCGGUAUGUAGAGGUAGACGAGCUGAACGGCAGUGCUGUAGGAGAAGAGACAAUCCAGAACGUCGAUCUGAACGGUGGAAGAGAUGACAAGAAGUUUGUGGUAGGAGGAUUAGUAGGAGGAAAGAGUUACGCUUUCACAGUUGUCUUGAAGGCUUCAAACGGAGGUAAGGAGCUGUCCUCCACUCCAACAGCUCGCCUCAUAAUCACAACUCCAUUUGGUGGCACCGAGACAGACAAGGUUAAAGCACAGUUUGACAAGAUCAAGCAGAACACUGACUCCAAAAUUAGCAGUAUCGACUCUUCUCUGGAGGAACAGGAGAACAGAGUUAUUAAUCUCAGAGGAAAACUGUCCGGUUUCAUCACUGAGGCUACCAACAAGAUUAACGACCUUGGAGCAGUUGCAGUGGCUAACAUCACUUCACAAGAGGGCAUCCUAUCUAGUAUCGCCAAGAGGUCCUGUAUAGAGACAGGUAUUAACUACUACACAGGAAGAGCUAUCGCUUAUCCCAAGGCAAACUCCAUUUUUCAGUGCCUUGAUGAGUGCAGGAAGAAUUCAGCAUGUCACGGAGCUUCAUGGAACACCGAUACCAAGUACUGCUCACUCAGCACACAGCGCCGUGGAAGUCAACCAAGCAUUGACAAGUUUAUGGUCAGCAUCAACAGGGUCUGUUAUGACACGCUGACAGGCGAUGCUGCAAAAUGGAACAGUUGCAUAAAGGAUAAUACAGACUACAAUGGUGCUGAUAUAGCCGGGGCUCAAUCCUACGGGUUCGGGACGGAGUGGGACUGCAUGGGAUGGUGCCUGAACACGGCAAAUUGUAUGAGUAUCACCUACAGACAAAGUGACGGACACUGUUGGCUGAAAAGCAAACCUAAAGGAAAUAGUCAGAUGCUUACAAUGGCCUCACUUCUAUCAGCCUCGAGUGCAUGAAAUCUUAGAAAACAGAAGACCAGAUAACAGAGAUAGAACAGUACUAAAAGAAAUGAAGAAAACCUUAAUUUUUAAAAUGAGUUUUCUCAGAGGAAAUCAUAUUUUUGAGCAGUAUAACGGAAUCUUAAUUUUCAUACAUUUUGUAGUGCCAUUUUUUUGGUGUCGAUGGCCUCUUCUGGCUUCUGCCGUCUUAUCAAAACUCUAAUAUGAAU